GCGGGGUCCACGCAGGCGGGUUAUGUGCCGAUCAAGUUCUAUUGAACUUUAAGUGACAUUUAUCAAAGUAAUAAAGAAAAAAUCGUAAUAAUACUAGAAGUAAUCAUUCAGUGCAUAGUAAUUUAGUUAUAUUAAGUGAAAGUGAAUGUUUUCUGUGUUAAAUCUGAGUGAAGUUGCAAAGAACUUGAAUGAAUAACGGUAUUGUAUUUGGCUCGUGAACUUUAGCUGUGAAGUCUGGUUUUGUAUGAAAUUUCGAAGACACACCUUCAGGCUUUUGUUGAAGUCCUUUUGUGUCGCUGCUAUUGUCGACUGCCAGCGAGAGGAGUGCCAGUAUGCUCCUCCAUGUGUGAUUUCGGUCCGGUCCCACCGAACGUAGCGCCGCGAUGGAGCUGCGAUGGGCAGCGGCGUGCGUGCUGUGCGCGCUGCUCGCCACCACCACAGGGGAGACCAACCUGCCGCCGGAGUUCCGCAAGGACAUGAACAACCUGGCGGUGUCGGAGCUGACGCCGCCCGGGACCGUGGUUUACCGCCUGCAGGGCAGCGACCCCGAAGGAGGUCCGAUCAAGUACGGGCUGGUGGGAACUGACAAGUUCUCCGUAGAUCCUGAAACAGGCGAUGUUACUCUAGUCAAACCUUUAGAUAAAGAAAGUGAAGAGACGAUAAAGUUCCUGGUGUCGAUCGAGGACGCGGUCCCGGGCUCCAGCAACAACCUGGUGCAGGUGCCCGCCGCCGUCAUCGUGCUCGACGAGAACGACAACGCGCCCCAAUUCCUCAAUGGUCCCUACGAAGUGGAUGUGCCAGAAGACGAGGCAGUGGGUCGCACGAUCCUGCACGACAUACUAGUGGAAGACAAAGACUCCGUCGGAGACAACCUGGAAGUCACGUGCGUCGCCAACCAACAGUGGUCGUCAGCAUGUGACAUGUUCGAGCUAGUGGCGCUGCAGUCGUCGUCGCACCGCUACUCCGGCGCGCUGGUGCUGCGGCGGCCGCUGGACUAUGAGCAGCAGCAGUACUACCAGUUCCAGCUCACGGCUUCUGACGGCUCCCUCAACUCCUCAGUCCACGUAGAAGUAAAAGUAGUGGACGUGCAGAACCGCCCGCCCGUGUUCAGCGGCUCUCUGAACGCGGCGCUGGCGGAGGACGCGGCGGUGGGCACGCUGGCGCUGACCGUGCGCGCGAGGGACGGGGAUCGCGCCGUGCCCCGGAAUGUGGUCGUCGAGCUGGUUAAUAAUCCGCUGGACUUCUUCCUGCUGAACCAGGAGACGGGCGAGCUGAAGACCGCCAAGCCGCUGGACCGCGAGGCGCUGCCCGACCCCAGCUCCCCGCUCAACCUCACCGUCCGGGCUACAGAAGUAGUAAACGGGCAGCCCUACAUAAGCAACCAGACAUCUUCUUUGGCGACCGUCACCAUCACUAUCAAGGACGUGAACGACGAGCCGCCCCGCUUCAGCCAGAAGGAGUACCACGUGUCGGUGCCGGAGAGCCUGCCGCCGCACACGCCGCUGCCCCGCCUCGACAUGCUCGUCACUGACACUGACGUCGGUCUAAACUCGGUAUUCUUCGUGCGCGUGGCGGGGUCAGAGCAUCGUUUUGUGGCGGAGCCGGGGCGGGGCGCGGGGGGCGCGGCCGGCAGCGCGCGCGCACAGCUGCGGUUGAACUCCUCGCUUGACUAUGAAGACCCUAACCAGAGGAAGUUUAUACUUGAGGUGAUAGCGGAAGAGCUGCACACGUCCCCGGCGCUACAUUCAUCCGCGUCAGUGAUCGUGACGGUGACGGACGUGAACGACAACGCGCCGCAGUUCGCGGACGAUGACGUCACCGUGGUCGUGAGCGAGACCGCGCCGCCCGGCGUCAUCGCCAAUAUUACCGCUACUGAUCGGGAUAGUGGACGUUUCGGCACAUCCGGCCUGGUCUACCAGCUAUGGGGCGCGGGCUCGGAGCUGUUCACCGUGGAGCCCCGCACCGGCGCCGUGUCGGUCGCGCCCUGCGCCCGCCCCGGGCACGCGCCGUGUCUGGACCACGAGGCGCAGAAAGACUACUUCUUGCAUUAUAAGGCGACGGACGACGACGGCGCGGGACAGUCAACCGUGAUCUCGCUCCACGUUCGCGUCACUGACGGCAACGACAACCCACCAGUGUUCGCCACGCCCGUCUACAGGGCCUCCAUCGACGAGGAUGCCGUCAAGUUCGAACCUGAACUACAGGUGCAAGCCCGCGACGUGGACGAAACAUCUGAGAUCCGCUACAGCAUCGUGUCUCCGGAAGACUCCCCGUUCUGGGUGGACCUGCUGACGGGCCGGCUCGGGGUCAGGCCCGACCAGCGCGUCGCCGUCGAAGGGGACCACAACAAGAUCGUGCUCACGGUCAUGGCAUCAGACGGCGUGUUCAACGCGACGUGUGAAGUAGAGAUCUCAGUGCGCGACGUCAACAACCACGCGCCCGCCUUCGACGCAGCUAACUACACCGCGCUGGUGUCUGAGGACACUCCCAUUGGAACGUCAAUAGCAUCAGUAUCAGCCCACGACCUGGACUCCGGAGUCAACUCGGAGCUAGUGCUGGCGCUGCGGCGCGGCGCGCACCACGCCUUCUCGCUGGACGACGACGGGACGGUCCGUGUGGCUGAUAGACUGGACUAUGACGUGCGGGAUACUUAUCAUGUGAUCAUUGAGGCCGCUGAUAAGGGAAUGCCAAGCUUGACUGGAACUACGGAGUUGACAAUAAACGUGAUAAAUGUCAACGAUAAGAAACCCUCCUUCACUCCUCCUAUACAAAGAGCUGAGGUAUCCGCUGAUGCUGAAGUGGGCACAUUCGUUCAUAACUUGGUGGCUGUGGAUCCCGACACGACCAGUAUUGAGGAUCUGAAGUACGAACUCGCCACCGACAGACAAAUCAUAGCUGUUGAUAAUAAUGGAAAAGAGGUAUCAGACGAGGGUAUAUUCGGGGGCUGGUUCUCCGUCUCCCCCAACGGCUCAGUGUGGGUGUCUCGGGCGCCGGACCGCGCGCGCGCCGCCGUGGUCACGCUGCCUGUAGCUGUCACGGAUACUGCCGCGCCCAGCGUGCAGCGCGCUGAUGGCGAGCUCAUAAUAACGAUAGUGGAUGUUAACCGCCACGCGCCUCAGUUCUCUCAAGCCGUCUACCGGGAGACGGUGGUAGAGGAGCAGCCGGCCGGCACUGCGUUGAACACCUACGCGCCGCGCGACCAGGACACCGGCAUCGCAGCUGUGGUGAUAGACCCGCCGAGCCCAUACUUCGUCAUUGAUAAUGUUACUGGCCUGGUAAAAACAGCGCAACGCAUCGACUACGAGAAACUGCAGCACAUAAACUUCACCCUUAUCGCGUACGACUCAGGGGUGCCGCAGCGGUCGUCGUCUGCCGAGGUUCUGGUGUCGGUCGUGAACGCCAAUGAUGAAGACCCUGUGUUCACGGCCGCCAGCUAUGAGGGCGUGGUCAGAGAGAACAGCGAUGUUGGGACGCCCGUGCUUAUUGUUAUGGCUAAGGACGCUGAUCUGGGAGAGUUCGGAGAAGUAUCCUACCACCUGUCAGGCAACCAGUCGUCAUUGUUCAGCAUCGAUAGCUCCGGCGCCAUCACGGUGGCGGCGCCCAUCGACCGCGAGCUCACCAGCGACAUCUACCUGCGAGUGGUGGCUGAGGACCAGGCGCCUAAGGACAUCAGGAGGUCUUCUACUGCCCCUAUCCACAUAAAAGUGCUGGACGAGAACGACAACGCGCCGGCGUUCACGCAGCAGGUGUACCGCGCCACCAUCGCGGAGAACCUGCGCGUGUCGCCUCCUGCCGCCAUACUGCAGUUGUUGGCUGAAGAUAAGGAUGAGGGGGCUGCGGGCACCGUCACGUACAGGAUCGAGGACCAGAGCGAAGCAGGAGUAUUCACAGUAGACGAAUCAACUGGCAUCCUGUACCCAGCCAAGCCUGUAACAGGCGACCGCAGCUACGAGGUGACGGUGUCGGCGUCAGACGGCGCGCACUCGGUCGCCGCCGCCGUGCACGUGUCCGUCACGCGGGUUAAUAAACACAGCCCCGUCAUCUUGCAGCCGCCGCCCAUGCUGGAGGUCAAGCCGGAGCAAGCACAACCGGACUCUCUCCUGACGACGGUGCAGGCCACGGACGCGGACGGCGGCGACAACGGGCGCGUGUCGUACUUCCUGCGGCUGGACGACCGCAACGUGGCGGAGACGCCCGAGUUCACCCUCGACCAGCUCACGGGCGAGCUGAGGGCUCGUGUGGCGCUGGAUAGGGAACAUGGACCUUAUCAGCUAGUACUAGUAGCCUCGGACCACGGCUCGCCGGCGCGGUUCGAGACGCUGCGCGUAGUCUCCCUGACGGUGGCCGGCGGGGACGAGCACGCGCCCGCCUUCCCGCAGACCAGCUACGAGCUGAUCGUGCCGGAGAACCUGCCGCCGGGGGUCAUUGUCGGUUCCCUAAAAGCCACAGACAAGGACGCGGGCGCGCACGGCACUGUGUACUACCACAUCCUUGAGGGGAACCACGACGGCGCGUUCACGCUGGACCGCACGCAGGGGCUGCUGAGGACCAACGCCACUUUUGACAGAGAGCAACAAUCUGAAUACACGCUAACAGUAUACGCGAGCAACAACCCGAUCCUGGAGCGAGCGGCGGCCAUCUUGAACUCCAUCGACAAGCACGAGAACGGCUCGGAGCUGGCGGGCGCGGCCAGCGUCGCCGCCGUACGGGUCAGAGUCAUGGAUGAGAAUGAUAAUGCGCCCAGGUUCCUCAACAAGGUUUACUAUGCUGGCGUGAAGCACACAGCCAAGAUCAACGAGGCCAUCACCUCCGUGAUCGCCAUCGACGAGGACUUCGCGGAGAAUGGCACCCUGAUGUACCUGGUGGCCGCGUCCAACCUGUACAAGUUCGGCGAGAGCACGCCGGCCGGCAGCAUCGUGCCCUCGCCCUUCAACAUCACGCAGGAAGGAGUGCUGAUGACGGCGACGUUCAUGGCGGAGUACCGCGGCGACCGCUUCGUGCUGGACGUGCUGGCGCAGGAGGUGGCGCCGCCGCACCGCCGCGCCGUGGCACAGGUCUAUGUGUGGGUGCUGGACAGUUCGUCGCUGAUCCGCAUGGUGGUGUCCCGCAGCUGCGUCAGCGUGGGCGCGCCGGCGCUGGGCGCGGGGGGCACGGGGGGCGCGGCGGCAGGGGGGCAGGGCGUGGUGACGUCACGGCUGGGCGCGGCCGCCAACGCGUUGCUCGUGCCGGUGCAUGCCAAGCACUAUGUACACUCGGACACGCUGUAUCAGGAUUGGUGUGAGGUCCACCUCCAAGCCGUAGACCCGGGCUCGCUGCAGCUGCUGCCCGCGCCGGCGGUGCUGCGCCGCAUCGACGCCCAGUACGACGCUCUCAGGGACCUGUACCAGGAGUAUGGCGUGGAGACGCUGAUAGCCAACAGUGAUGAUAGUAAAGGGCCUGCGAGCUUCGACCCGGCGCUGGCGGCGCUGAUCGCGCUUCUGCUGGUGCUGUUCACCGGCGUCGUCACCUUCGUCGUGGUCUGCGCCUGCCUCAAGCACUGGGUGAUAUCGCCGCCGUCCCUGCAGUCCAGCAAGGGCGACAGCCUGGCACGGCGCCGCAUCCUGGAGGAGCUGGCCACCACCGAGAACCCGCUGUGGCUGGAGAGCAAGCUGCGGCCCUACGAGGAACAGGAGCUCAGCAUGAACGUGUUCGCCGACCAGUUGGCCGACCAGUUGGCCGACACGCUGCCUGAUGCCACGGUGGACAACACAUACGCCACCAUCCAGACGCGGCGGCUCGGGGACUAUGCCACGCUCGGGGAGGACUCGCCCACCGGCUUCCAGGGCAGCACAUUCAAGCCGCCGACGCCCACGACGCCGGAGCCGCCGCCGCGACCCUCCGCCAUGCACUCGCCCUGAUUGAUUGACACCACUGUUGGAUGAAGAAUCAAGUUUGUAAAUAUAAACUCUCCAGAUAGUUAUGGAUACUUGCAUGUUGGCCAUGUAUCUAAACAGUAGUAAAUCCCUUUUUUCCAUUGAACUUAUAUUACUGUAAUAUUAGUUCAAUGUUUAUUUUAUGA